AACUAGACAAAGGCGAUCACUAUUACAUCCAAAUACGGUACAAGGAUCUUUUUUCCCAUUACAAUCUUAUUCUGAGAAACCUUCAAGAAAAAAUGUCCCGAAAAGCGCUCGAAAAUACAAACGAAAUGUGCUCUUGCCCCUGGGCAUCCUAUAAUACUCCUUGAAUCGAAUUAAUUCAACAUGGCCGCCGUAACGGUAAAAAGGUCUAUUUUUCUGCUCGUUUUAGUCUGUUCAGCUGAUUUGAUACUCCUUAGCAGGUUAAUCUCCCUUCGGCACGUCACAUUUUAUAGUCUUAUGAUUAUGCACAGGAAUUCCACUCGAGUGGUUUGUGUAAAUUUUAAACACCCUGGAUUCCACAAAAAAAAUUUCCCGGAUUCCGGAUUCCACAGGCAAUAAAUUGCUGGAUUCGGGAAUUCGGAUUCCCUUACGUGUCAGGCAAAACAGUUACAUGUUUUGUUCUCUUUUAGCCUGCCCUUCUUCACGUGUGGUUCAGACCGUCUGGAGUGACAGGCUUUCUUCGAUGUCUUAUCUUGUGUGCGUUCGGUUCCUUCCUGUUUGGUUGGCAUGUGCACGAGAAAGCUAUUCUGAUGGUCAUUAUCCCUCUGAGGUAGCGUCAACAGCCUUCGUUCGUUUAUAUUUUUGUGGCGUGUAUUGUAGUUGCUUCGGUCAUUCUGUCUUACUUAGCUGUAUUUAGCAUGAUAUGCUUGUAGCUCGUCGUCCUUCGUUCCUCAGAGCUGGCGCGAGUAUUUUACGCCGGCCCUUUGCAGAAAACCGACUGUUUUGAAGUUUAGUUGUAUUGUCAAGGUUUUAGAAUCUGAAAACGAUUGCAAAAAACAGGGCUACCGCGCAGGCGAACACUUUGGGGAGGAAGUACGCGGGGGAAGAGGAAACUUAAGCGAAGAGAAGGAACUUACCUCGCUCCUUAGCUCGCUCGCUUGCUCGCAAAUGUUUGCCCGCUUGGAAAUCUCGAGUGACUGUUAGCGGCCACAAAGAGUUCUUUUUAAGUGGUGAUCGCAUAGACAGGGUGAUGAAAACGCCGGUAUCCACCGUAAGGGAAAUAAAUUUUGAUGUUCCCGUUAUUCUUUUGAAAUUUUCAGUCUUUUGGCCAUAGUAGACAGGAGAGCUGCCCGGGUGUUUCUCGUUUUGUCCACAACAGGACACCUCUCGCUGUUUCCACUGCUUUUUCAGGCCCAAGGUAAAGAGAAAAAUAAAUCUUUUUAUAUCCUGAAAUAAACGGUAAGGCUCGAUUCCUUGAAGAAUGGCUAGCCCACGGUUAGCCACACUUUGAGGGGCCUCUGAUCUAUCUUUUUGGAAUGUUGCUGGAGAAAAUUCUAGCCGUAUAACUUAGGGUAGGCUCACUUGGCACAGGACAAAUCUUCGACCUGCUAAAAAAUAUGAACGGACACUUUGUUUACACGGAACCGUUCAAUAGGCUUUUCAAACGUUGGAUAGUGCUAUCCACAGAAUAAAUCACUAUGCAGCGGAUAGCAUAAUUGCCAAUAAUACUAUCCGCUGGAUAGUGAUUUAUGCUGUGGAUAACGCUAUCCAGCUUUUGAACAACCUGGGCCUGGACUUUUAUCUUUCAAAUCACCUUUUUUCAAAGUAGAUGCAAUUGUUGAUUGACAAUUUUAAUCCUGGAUUAGCUUUAAUUUGGCCUUUCAGGAACGGGGCGGGCCCUGUACGCUACGUUUACUAAUACGGUGACUGGUCCCUUUCUUUUUCAGAAAGCCCAAUUAAAGUUUGUUUGAUGUUAAUGUUCACAAUUUUUUCGUUUUAUUCUCUUUGUCUUGUCCACUGGUAAGUUAUCUCUUCUCUCUUUUAUUUUUCUUGUCCUAAUACCGUUCCCCGUGGACGCCAUCGGACCAUACCGUGGGUAUCAAAGGUUUUUCUCGCGUGCAGCGGGAUGCUUCAGCUGACACAUCUCCGUCUGAAGGACGAAAGUCGCUACCGGAAACCGCGCAUAAAAGUCUUGAGCUCCCAGGGUAUCAUAACCAGCAAUAACGAGAAAUUGUCAGCAAGCAAAUUGACGUCAUCGAGUUUAAUGACCACGGAUGUUACCUUAUUGAUACGUUGAUUAAGUGCCACGGAUCCGCAACAAAGUCUGGAAAUAUUUGUUACCAAGUGAUCAUUUACAACCUGCGUAGCACGCGCACGAGAAAGUUUGAAAGAAAGAACGGCAGUGCGAGAGAGGAGGACUCGCGCAUGUCCGUUUCUCUCGCGCGCAUAACUUACCCCACUCGCCGUAAUUCGUUUGUGCCCGCCACGCAGGCUAAGUGAACACUGGCUUGGUUUGAGUUUAACUCUUUAAGUCCCCCUUUAAGUCCUUUAAGACACCGUUUAAUGUACGUAUUUGCCCUCAUUGCAGUGGGGAAUCCUCUAAGGAUUACACUACCACGGAGCUGUUCACAUUACCCAUAGUCACGUGGUACGAGGCCUGUUAUCUUUACGGGUUGCUAGUUCUGGAGUUUUACUGCACCGCUGUUCAUCCUGUAACUGUGCUUGCCACAAAGUUGCCUUUUCUGCCUCUGAUGCUGACUUCUGUGUACUGCGCAGUAGGAGUCGUUUGGGCGUGGCUUUUGUUUUACGUGGACACGUUAAGAGGGGUCGCACAAACAACGAUGAACCCACCAGGGGUGGUAACUUUGAAACCAGCUGCACCAGGGAAGAAAACGACCAGAAAGAAACAAUGAGUAGAAACGUUUGAUAUUAAUAUGAUAUUAAAUACCUUUAGAUUCGAGGACGAGAACGACUACCAGUACGAGAUUUGACUGAAAGGUUUCUCGCGUAUUCUCAAAAAAUAGAUACCCCGAAACGCGUUAUUGUACGUUUUUACCAGAAAUUUAACGCUGUUAUCUUUAUCGGAGGAGGUUAAGCCCUCUCCCGGUCGCAAAAUAAUAAAAACUUUAACAUUUGAUAACUUAUUUCCGCAUUUUCGCCACCAUGAUAGGCUUGGAUAAAUUUUGCCGGCAGAAGUUCGAGCAGAAUAGGUGAUUUUUGAGGCGAGCAAUCUGCUGGCAGAAUAUGGCAUUUUCGAGCAGAAUUUGAGCAGAAUGAGGGAAAAUCAGAGGCGCUAAUGAUAUACAUAACAGUUGUAAGAAAAAUUUAAAACUAAAUAAAUAAAACAAUUGGAAAAUACCUUGUGAUUAAUUUGAUUGUUUAAUAGCUAAAACGCACUCACAUUAAAAGAAAGUCCCCGUCCA